UCUUGAGAUUAAAAACUUCCUGUAUUUUCCAAUAACAAUGAAAAAAUGAACAUUUUUUUUAAUGGGACCAAUCAGAAGACAUACCUUACAAGAUGCAAAAGGUUUCGUUCCGAUUGGUCCAUCCAUCUCGGAGUAAUCGGUGAACACACACAAAAAAAAAACAUAUAUUAUACUGAUCGAAUUAAGUAACCUACUCCUUUUCGAAGUCGGUUAAAAAUGAUUAUGAAUCCGAUGAAUGUGAUUAAUUUGUUAUUAGCAACAUUUCAAACGAUGUACCUAAUGGAUACUCCUUUAACAAGAGAGGAAGUACAAUUGAAAGAAGCCAUUCAACAAAUGUUGCUCGAUAACAUAUUUGCAUUUAAUGAAAUUGAAGUUUCUGAAGAAUCGUCAUUGGACUUUUUGGAUCAAUUUAAAGAAUGUGAGGUUGAGUCUGUUGAAGAAGAUGAUGCAGACGAGAAUUGGUCUGGGGAGACAUAUAUUGGAGUUUGUUCACAGCGUGAUGAAGACGUUGAUGUUGAUUACAAGCGGAAAGCAGUUGCGUUUUGGACAGAGGGAGAAAAAAGACGUAAACUUGCUACCGUUCAACAUAAUUUUAGACUUGUGUUUUCUGAACGGCAGUUACGAAGAUGGGUUCAUCAAAUUGAAACAAGUGGAACUAAAAAAGAAAGAUUAGCUCAAAUUUCCGAGUUCGUGAUAACAAAUAUGAAAAAAGCUAUUGAAUCCGGUUAUAUUUUGCAUGAUAGAGAUAUUCGACGAUGGGCUUUGCAAGCAUAUAAAGAACAAGGCAAUAGAAGACGAUGAAGUAUUUAAAGUUAAAGCUACGGACUUUGUCAAUGAAGUAAACCCUUUGAUUACGAGAUACGGAGAUGAAAAUAUGUACAAUUCAACUAGAAAUACAUUCUGGACGAACUUUAGCGGUGAAAAGCCAAAAGAAAGUAGAGCGUGUUGUACAAUCUGUAUAUUCAAUAACGCAUAGUUACACAAUACAACCAACAAUAACUGCUGAUGGAAGAUUAUUGUCGCCCCUUUUUGUGGUUUUGCAAGAAGCAAAUGGACAAUUUGGACCAAUAGUUCAAAAAACAUUAUUCAAACCGACUAAUGUGUACGUGACUGCAUCAAAAUCUGGGAAACCCAUUUCUGCUCAUUUCAAAAUCUGAUUGGAAGAGGUCUUUUUUCCUAAUACUAAAACAACGUCUGUGUUGUUAUUAGACCCUUGGAGUGGACACUGUGAACAAGAUAUACAUAAUGCGAAACCAACGGGUAAAGAGAUUAUAAUUAAGAUGAUACCAAAAGCUACCACUGGCCAAAUCCAACCUCUAGAUGUUUUUAUUAGGCAUUUCUCCGAUGAUGUGCUGUUACAUGAUUACGAUGUUAAUCUUCAUUUAAGAAAUAAUAUAAUUAAGUUACAAUCACUUGUACACAAUGAACUGUCUUCACCAAGAUAUAAAAAUCUAUUCCAGUAUGGUUGGUACAAAAGUGGAUACACAGAAAAAAAAUCAGGAGAUUUUGUGAAUCUUGUAGAUUAUGCUUUCGAACAGAACACAAAAAUGAAAUGUGCACUCUGUGAUGAAAUACCGAUAAUUAGAUGCUCUUAGUGUAAAAAAGCAUUUUGUUUAAAACAUUUUUUUCAUGAAUAUCACUUCUGCGACAAAUGUGAAUGUUAAGUGAACCAUUUUGUAAACUGCAUGUAUCUUAUAAAAGCUUCAGAUUAUAAAUUUAUAUCACUUAUGCAUACCUAACAUACACGUGAAAUAUAAUUGCACCAAUCAUGUUACUAGUACCGGAAAUUAAUUUACAUAUCGCUUAUUAAUACGUAGAUAUGUACUAAUAUAAUUUUUAUUAAUAUUGUAAGCUUUAAAUAACUGUAUUAAUGCCUAGUAUACAUGGUAAACGCUAGAUAUCGUAAUGGAUAUUAACCGUACAUCCAUAUCUGGUAUGACCGCGACCCGGCGUAUGUGAGCGAUGCAUAUUUAAUUUUAAAAUAUGCAAAAAUGUAAAAGGCAAACAUAGCAUAUAAUAUAGUACAUCAAUGGAUUCAGAAACAAAUUUAUGUUUUUUUUUUUGUUAUUAUGUAAGUUGUGAUUACUUUUAAAAUAAUGUUAUAAACAAAUUAUUUUUUACAACAUUUAUGACUAGCAGUUAUAUGUUCAUAAAAAACC